AUGAAGGGAUUCGCUUUGUUCGCCAUCGCUGCUUUCGCCGAUAUCACCCCCACGUCGGUGACAUUGAAGUUGGCUGACGAUGCUUGUGGUGCAGACAUCGACGAGUGCAAAUUCGAGAAGGCUUUCGACGCGCUUGAGGAUGCAGACACUGCUGCAAAGGCUUGUGCCGCGAAAGGCUGCGAUGUGCUCGCGACGUCGGACGUGACGCUGGCGGACGAGGACCUGUGCAAGAAAGAUCUUGUGGUGGCGACGGCGGGUGCUUUGCCCGAGGACUCGUACCUCACUAAGUUGCAGCUGCCGGCACCGACGGGCGACGACUGUGACGGCUCCAAGGCCACGGUUGGCCGCGCGGCGGAGGUGGACGACACGUGUACGAGUGCGGACGCGACUGAUGCCGCGGAUGUGAAGCCUGCAGUGUCCGACGACGGACUUGAACUGGCUGCCGGUGGCGAAUCUAUCCUUGGCUCCGACCAGGGCCACCUCAUCGUCACUCUUCCCGAGGGCUGCACGGCCGGUGAUGGAGAUGUGGUCGCCUCCUGGGCCGCCCAGUACAAGUCUUCCGGCGGCGAUGACACCAGCUCCACCGACGCCGACGGCUCCACCACUACCACUGCUGCCGGUGACAAGACCACUACCACCGCUGCCAGUGACAAAACUGACAAAACUGACAAGACCGACAGUACCGGUACCGAAGCCACCGACAGUGUUUCCGUUACCACGGCCGCCACUUUCGCCGCACUGGUCGUCGGCGCCGCCGCGCUCAACUAA